UUCACAUACCGAGUUGUUUAUUGCCUUACAAUGUCGUGUGAUUUGAAAGAUAAAGUUGUUUUCAUCACGGGGGGAGCGAUUGGAAUAGGUGCAGUUUCCGUAAAAUUCUUUCUGGAAGAAGGAGCGAAGCAUGUCGCAGUUACCGACAUCGACGUCAAUAAUGGUAAACAACUAGAACAAGAACUAAAUUCUGAAUACCCUGGUCGAGUCUCUUUUAUUAAAUGUGACGUCACCAAUGAUGAAGAACUGUUUGCUGCUUACGAUCAGGUUUUGAACCAAUACGGUUAUAUCGACAUUGUUGUUAACAACGCGGGUCUGAUGAACGAUAGCCCUAAGGUGUACAAGAAGUCGAUUGAAGUGAACGUAACAGCACUUGUAACCAGUACCUUCAAAGCAUGGGAGUUCAUGCGCAAAGACAAGUCUGGACGAGGUGGCACUAUCGUCAACGUAGCGUCAAUUGCUGCAAUGAUCCAAGAUUCCUUCAUGCCUGUAUAUUACGCCACUAAGAGCGCUGUAUUGCAGUUCAGUAAUUGUAUUGGGGCAAAGGAAAAUUAUGAUAAGACUGGUGUGAAAGUAAUAGCGAUUUGCUACGGAGCAACAAGUACUAGUCUUCUGUCUAAACAAAAGCUGCAAAGCUUUACAGAUUUGUACCCAAAUGUGGAAGACAUCGUGAAGAAAUUUCCCGCCCAAAGCGUGGAGGCAGCUGCAAAGGGUUUAGUUGAGACUUGCAAAAGAGGCGAAAGUGGUAGCACUUGGCUCGUGAUCAACGGUAAAGCUGCUGAAGACGUUACUCCAGUUAUCCAGAACGCAUUUUCCGUUCUUUCUGAACCAGUAUAUCAGCAGUAAUUGUAGACAUUAUUUUGAUCCAAGUUCUUAAAUUUAUUUUCUUAUUAACAUUGGUUUGUCAUUUGUUUUUAUACAAAUUUGCUUUUUUUUAUAUUUCUGAAGCAGUGUCAGUCAAA